AAGAAGAAGAAGAAGAGAAGACAGAGAGAGAGAGAGAGAGAGAGAGAGAGAGAGAGGGAGUAGGGUAGGGCAGUGGUGGCUGGGAGUUUGGGAAUUGGGAUCACUUUCCGGUUUUGCUCUUCACAAUCAAACCGUCGAUCUUUCUCUCUCUAUCUGCCGUACGAGAAAAUCCCGAAAACCAACCGAGCGAAGAAUUUUCAAGCAAAAAUUAAAUACAAAUGGCGGAAUUCCUGGACCUCGAGGCCCAAGACGGCGUUCGAAUGCCGUGGAACGUCGUGCCGGGGACGAAGCAGGAGGCGACGGGCUGUGUGGUUCCGGUGGCAGCAAUCUACAGCCCCAUCAAGCCGUUCCCUAACAUGCCGGUGCUGCCGUACUCACCGCUAAGGUGCCGGACGUGCCGCUCCGUACUCAAUCCCUUCUCCAUCGUCGAUUUCGUGGCUAAGAUCUGGAUCUGUCCGUUCUGCUUCCAGCGCAACCAUUUCCCUCCGCAUUACAAUUCCAUUUCCGACGAUAACCUUCCGGCCGAGCUGUUCCCUCAGUACACCACGAUCGAAUACGAAGAGAAGGCGUCGUCUUCGACUCCGUCGGUGCCUCCGGUGUUCAUGUUCGUCGUCGAUACGUGUAUUAUCGAGGAGGAGAUGGCGUUCCUCAAGUCCGCGCUCUCUCAGGCGCUCGACCUCUUACCGGACCAUUCUCUCGUGGGGCUCAUUACCUUCGGGACCUACGUUCAGGUUCACGAGCUCGGCUUUGGACAGAUUGCCAAGACCUACGUUUUCAAAGGAUCCAAGGACUAUUCCAAGGACCAGCUUCUGGAGCAUAUGAAUUUCUUCUUGAAGAAGCCUAAGCCGCCCACCGGAGUGAUCGCCGGUGCCAGGGACGGCCUCUCCGCUGAGAGUAUUGCGCGGUUUCUGUUGCCGGCAUCGGAGUGCGAGUUUGCGCUUAACUCGGUGUUGGAGGAGCUCCAGAAGGACCCUUGGCCGGUUCCAGCGGAUCAGCGGGCCGCGAGAUGCACCAGCACGGCAUUGAGUAUCGCAGCCAGUUUGUUGGGAGCCUGUGUUCCUGGGUCUGGGGCUAGGAUUAUGGCGUUUGUGGGCGGUCCGUCCACGGAAGGCCCGGGUGCUAUUGUGUCAAAAAGUCUAUCUGAACCAAUUCGUUCUCACAAGGACCUGGAUAAAGAUUCUGCCCUGCAUUUUCAUAAAGCUGUGAAGUUCUAUGAGGGACUUUCAAAGCAGCUUGUUCAUCAAGGACAUGUACUUGAUCUUUUUGCUUGUGCUCUUGACCAGGUGGGAAUUGCUGAACUUAAGGUUGCAAUUGAGCGAACCGGAGGGCUUGUUGUGCUUGCAGAAAGUUUUGGCCAUUCGGUAUUUAAAGAGUCGCUGAAACGUGUUUUCCAGUCGGGUGAUCACGAUCUUGGUUUAUCAUCAAAUGGUAUAUUUGAGAUAAACUGCUCAAAGGAUAUCAAAGUUCAAGGAAUCAUUGGUCCCUGUGCGUCUCUUGAGAAGAAAGGACCUUUGGUCUCUGAUACAGUUACCGGUCAGGGGAAUACAAGUGCGUGGAAGAUGUGUGGCCUUGACAAAGCUACAUCUUUAUGUCUAAUAUUUGAAAUUGUUAAGAAAGAAAUCCCAGAUGCUACCGUUCCAGCUGCUAGCAAUCAAUUUUACUUCCAAUUUUUAACCUAUUAUCAGCACCAGAGUGGUCAAAUGAGGCUUCGUGUUACUACCUUUUCCAGAAGAUGGGUAGCUGGACAGGGAAGCAUACAGGACUUGAUUGCUGGAUUUGACCAAGAAGCAGCUGCUGUAGUUAUGGCACGUUUAGUUUCUUUCAAAAUGGAAACUGAGGCAGAGUUUGACCCUAUAAGAUGGUUGGAUAAAGCAUUGAUACAUCUGUGUUCUCGAUUUGGAGAUUACCAAAAGGACGCUCCAUCUUCUUUCAGCUUAUCUCCACGGUUUUCAAUAUUCCCUCAAUUUGUGUUUCAUUUAAGACGUUCUCAGUUUGUUCAGGUUUUUAACAACAGCCCAGAUGAGACUGCAUACUUCAGAAUGAUUCUAGAUCGUGAAAAUGUUGCAAAUUCAGUUGUGAUGAUUCAGCCUUCAUUGAUUUCAUACUCAUUUCAUUCAGGCCCAGAACCAGCACUCCUUGAUGUAGCUGCCAUUGCAGCUGAUAGGAUUUUACUUUUGGACUCUUAUUUUACCAUAGUUAUUUUUCAUGGUUCGACUAUCGCUCAGUGGAGAAAGGCUGGAUAUCAUAAUUUGCCAGAACAUCAGGCUUUUGCCCAGUUGUUGCAAGCUCCAGCUGACGAUGCGGAUGGAAUAACCAAGGAAAGAUUUCCAGUUCCCCGUUUAGUGGUUUGUGAUCAGCAUGGUUCUCAGGCCCGUUUUCUUUUGGCAAAAUUAAAUCCUUCAGCUACGUAUAACAAUGAGGCUCCUCUUCCUGGGGGAGAUGUAAUCUUUACAGAUGAUGUUAGUUUUGAGGUAUUCUUGGAUCAUCUUCAGAGACUGGCAGUUCAAUAAUUUACAAAUACACAGACAGGACAUUAUCUCCUCCCUCAGUUUUGUAAAAUUUUUAUUUUUAUUUUUUAAAUUGCGUGUAUAGUAAAAUGCAUACAUCUAGAUUUUCUAGCUUUAUUUUGUUUUCGGCUCUAUAAUAUGCAAAAGCAUGUAGUGCCUUUUCCUUUUUAUGGAAAAAUACAUAUUGAGUUCACAUGAAUCCAUCAAAUUAGCAUCUCAACUUGCCUUUCCACCAAGGUACCUAAUUAUCCUUUUAUUUAUUUAUUUAUUUAUU